ACCCAGCAACAAACGGCCAAGCAGAGCGCAUGGUGCAGACCACCAAAAACUACCUUAAAAAACUAUCUCCGAGCAAUAAUAUGGAUCUAAGCCUUGCUCGAUUUUUGUUUAAUCAACACAUAACUCCACAUGCAACGACAAAUCGCUCGCCAGCUCAGCUAUUGUUAAAUCGGGAGUUAAAGUCCUACUUUGAUAAACUACAGCCACAAGAAAUUUCUAAUGGAGCAGAGCCAUUUAUUAAUCAAUCGAAAUGUUUUGAUACAGGCAAAUCCGUUUGGGUACGAAACUAUGCACCGGGUCCAAAAUGGAUAGAAGCCUACAUAUCCGAGCAAACAGGACCAGUGUCUUACAAAGUUCGUCUGACAGACAAUCGCAUCAUAAAGCGUCAUUAUAACCAAAUUCGAAGCCGAGUUGAACAAACAGAUGUAAACAUAUCACAUCAGGCACCAUCAGCAACUGAUGACAACACGGAAGAUCCUGCUUCCAGUAACCACUCUAGGCCAGAGAGUCCUAUUCAAGAUGAUCCACACUCAUUGCAUGCCUCACCGAUGCUACGACGUUCUGCUCGCAUGAGACGACCCACUCAAUUCUAUGAAUCAUCUGGGUGUUAAGGGGUGUUGUGUAUGCAGCCCUAUCAUACGUUAGCCAUCUGGCAACUCUGCUGGCUUGACGCCAUGAACAGUUCAGCCGGUCGUUCGCAGCAAGCACACGCGUUAUAAACUUGCGAUAUAUAUAUAUGUAAUUUCAAUAUCACCUAAUC